AUGUCGGUAUCAAAAAAAGAACCAAUUAAUGAUAUUGAUAUGAGUCAGCAUGGUAUAUCAAAGAAUCGCUUAGCAACGACGGGUGUAGGUCCAUGUAUUGGCUUUAUCGCCUUUUUAAAUAAUGGUGAAGAUAUUUUUAUCGAACAUCUAAGCGAUGUUAGUCGUCCAAUGAUAAUGAAUCUUAACAGUGUUCGUGAAUAUUUCGAAGACAUUAGUGAACAUAUUGAUGACGCAUUUUCACAUGGAAAUAUCACAGGUAUUAUAAUUUUGGGUGGAUAUGGUAAUAAUAUUCAAUACAAUGCAAUGAAAGAUGCUGGUUUAAAUAAAAAAACAAAUGUUUGUACAACAAUGGAAAAAAUCAAUCAUUACCAACAAUUGUUCACCAACGUGAUAUGUAAUGAUGUGUGCUUCAACUUAGGAUGUGGAUCAGAUAGCAUGGCAGUAAUUACUGGUGAAUCUUACUUGGAUUUAAUUGUAGAUACACAUAUGGGCGAUGGUGAACGUUUAGUUGUCGUUGUUCAAAGAGUCCUAAAAGUUGCUAAAUCAAAUGCAACAUCAAACAUACUUAUCGGUGUUCUGGCUGUUGGCAUAAAAACCAAUAAUCGAUGGUUUGCUAUUGAUCCAUCUUCAACUAAAUAUCAUAAAAGUAUUUUAAAAUAA